CUUUCCGAUUCGUUGCAGAGGGAAAAUGUGUCAUUGAUCCAAAACUAUCAGUUGUAAUUUUAGCACUCGAAUAUGUCGCAAAGGCAGAACCCAGAAGUGCGGGUUAUAGUGCAUAUUUGGGGGGAUGUUGUAGUUAUUUAUUUGUGAGGAUGAUCUAUAAACUUACAAGAUUAGUAUUCGGCACUCUCUACCCUGCUUACUCUUCUUAUAAGGCUGUGAAGACAAAAAACGUCCGAGAAUAUGUAAAAUGGAUGAUGUAUUGGAUAGUGUUUGCUCUAUUUACUUGCACAGAAACUAUCACCGACAUAUUCCUUAGUUGGUUCCCAUUUUACUACGAAAUUAAAAUAAUCCUGGUGAUAUGGCUGCUUUCACCGGCUACGAAAGGAUCCAGUAUCUUGUACAGGAAAUUUGUUCAUCCUAUGCUGAGCAGUAGGGAACAGGAAAUUGAUGAUUAUAUUUCCAAGGCAAGAGAGCAAAGCUACAGGCAAGUCUUGGACUUGGGGCAGAAGGGUGUGACAGUACUCAUGCAAACUGCUUUAAGGGGUGGUGGUGGAAUAGUUAACCAAUUAAAAAAGUCCUACAGUCUCAGUGACCUCAGUGACGGUAAUAAUGUUGGCAACGAUGAAGCAGACGAUGUUCUGGUGUCUGAUCCGCAAUUUGUCAGAAGACGUAAACCUGGUCGCAGUCCACACAGAUCCAGCUCGGCUUCCUCCGCUUCUGUCUACUUUUCAGAAGUCGAUGUAGUAGCCGCAGAGCUUCCUGCAGAUAGAGUAUCUGUCAAAAGUGUGGAAGAUAUAAGUUCAGGCUAUUCUAGUGGCGAAGGUUUAUACUCUGCCCACAACCUGCCUUCAAAACUGCAGCCUAGAGAGAGCAUUAGUCAAAGAGCCAACUCUCUUACAAGAUCUCGUUCCACUAGAGUUACCAGGUCUUCAGUACCAAAGAAAACCAAUGCAGCUAGUGACGAUAGUGACGAAAAUGAACUGUUUGACACCAACAUAAUUUUCCUAAAUGACAAAGCCAAGAAAAUCGAUAAACUCUUUAAAAAUCCUGAACCAAAUAAACACGAAUCAUCAUCUAGUGAGAACGAGUUUUUUGAUAUUGCCGAAAAUAACGGUUUUCAGUUGCAUGGUAAAACUUUUGACAAUUCGGAAAGAAGCUGUAGUAAUAACAGUAAUGUAAUAACAUCCGGAAAAGAAUGUUCUUCGACUAGUAUUCUUGGGUACGAUUGCGAAAGCAAAAUAACAGCAUGUAAUAUUGACAAUAAUUCUUCUUCAUCACUAAAUUUCAAUUUAACCAAAUUAUCUUCGUCUAUGUUUCCUUCUAAUAAUCAAACCAAUGAAGAAGGAACCACUAGAAAAGACACUCCACUUUCAAUGAUGAAGGAAGCAGACCACAAAGGUACUGAAACCCCUUUAACAAAAAAAAAUUCAAACCUUAAAUUAGAAUUUCUUGCAUCAACAACUACGAAUCAAGAAAUUUGUCCUCAACGUGGAGGAAAAUAUAACAAAAAGCAUGCCCCUUUGCCACCCUUGCCUCCUAAACGAAACAACAUUUCCGCUACCCCUAUCAAGGCUACUUUAGUCUUACAGCCUGGCCUAGUACGAAGCCUUGAGAGUCUCAAUAAAGACAUAUUUCUGAAUUAUUCGCCAAAAGUCAGGAGAAGGUCUCGAUCGAGAAAUCGAAGUCCCAUUUCAACGAGUUCUAAAAGUAGUAACGAAUCGACAACCUCAAAUAAAGCUUUGAUAAAUAAAAUGCUAAGGAUACCACAAAGGAUGGCCCAUUUGAAUUUAACAGAAAAAGUGUUUUCCAAUUCAAAAAAACUUCUAAGCAACAGAAGUCGUUCCAAGAGUACCAGUAAUCUAGAUACGAUUGAAGAAAUUGGAAAAGUGGAAAAACCAAUUGAGCGCAGUGGAAGUCAAAUGUCGAUCAAGAACUUGUCAGAAUCCCCACAUAGAAGGUUGAAAGUUAUCAGAAGAUAUGUCGAUAACGACGCUGACUAAGAUUAUAGAUGUAGAGGGAGUCUUCUCAAAAUCAGGAUCAGUCAAGUGCGACCCUGCCACGUGUUAAGAAGGCAAACAAAAAGAAACCCUUAUGAAACGCCAGUAUGAUAAAAGAAGAAGCUAAAACAAAAAUAGGUGAACAUAAAUAAUAAUUAUUGUAUUUUAUUUAAGUAUUAUUUUGUUUUGUGUGAUAAUUUAAUUAUUAUUAUACGUUAGAUGUGUGACAUAUUUUUAAACAUUUAUUUAGUUUAUUAUACAGCUCAACCCAACUGAAUUUAGCACAAACUGCUUGUAAUGAUGAGGUACUUUUAAAAAGUUCACUACUUUUUAUGUUCUAAAUUAUAAAAUGGUUUGAUUCAUUUGGAAUGUCAUAUCAAAAGAAACUUAGAUAUUUGUUAGAAGAGACUGGUUAGUUUUGGGAAUAGGAAGGUAGAUAAUCAAUCAAGACACCUUUUCACAGCCAAAUAUUUCUAGUUCUUGGAUGUUGAACGUCCUUACAUAGGGUAGUUACCAUAGUGAGCCUAACAUUACAAUUAAGUAUAUAAAUGGUAUAUCAUUUCCUAAGCUUUCAUAUUAAUAAGCUUUUUUUUUGGAAAAGCCAAGCUUAUAUGAAAGACUGAACCAAAAUCGAAUCAUUUAAUUUUAAAAAUUAUUUGUUAAAUAUUAGGGUCAUACUAAUUUAGUUCUAUCGUUCCUAAAAAGCUUGAAUUAAAACUUUUAGGAAUUAUUGUUGGGUUAGUGCAGAUAUCUAGAUCUUGAAAAUGAUUUUUGGAUAGAGAUACAUGAGAAUAUUGUUUAUGUAAGUAUAUAGAUGUCUGCACUUAAUUUUUUAUAAAUCUUUAUCGAUGAUGCGUUAGAUCUUAAUCAUAAUUAUAUUAAAGUUAGAAUUAUUGCCCUUUUUAUACUCUUUGAUUGUUGUCUGUACUAAGUACUUUAAAAUAUAGAUCUGAUGUGUGUUUCCAAACUAAACCAUAUUUUCAAAUAAUUAGAUAAUUGUCCAGAUUCAAGAUCAACCCAUGUCCUAGAUUAUUCCUAUAAUUUAACGGUUUCGUAUGUACCAAUGUUUUUAUUGAAAAUCUUUAUGAAUUAUAUCAAAAUAAAAAUGUAUGUAGAUUAUACUGAGUGUUACCGAUAAACUGAUAGAAUAUGCUAAGAAGCUAUAUGAUGAUAAAACUAAUAAAUGCUUAUUGUUAAUUUUAAUUAUUGUUCGGGUGUUUUUUACUGUGGAACAUAUAUGAAGUCCAAUUAUUGUUUGCCAAAAGAAACAUAAAUAAACGUUCAAUUUUAUGAACAAAGAAAUGAAUAUGAUGUUUUAGUUUAGAUGAAAAACAAUUUCUUAGGAAAAAUAUAUUACCAACUAGAAAAACGUACAUCAUUCAGCAUCAACUACAAAUCUUAAACUAGUACCGCCCACAAUUCCACCCUCAAUAACAUCGCCUUUUUUAACAGGACCCAUUCCUGGAGGUGAUCCUGUUAAAAUAAUAUCGCUCGGCUCUAAAGUAAUGUAUUGCGACAUAAAAUAUAUCAGAUGUGGUAUGUUGAAAAGUAAAUCACUAGUAUUUGCUAGAAGAAAAAAAAAACAUAAACGCUAGGGGCAAGAAACAAUGCAAUUAUUUCCUAACCAUUUUGUCUCUCUUCCCCGUUGACACUGCACCAAAGUUGUACGUUGUGAGGAUCAGGAAUGUCAGCUUUGGGAAUGAAUUUGCUUACUGGACAAGCUGUAUCAAAACCUUUUCCUAUUAACCAGCUGCCUCCAGUUCUUCUUGCAUGGGCCUAUAAUUAAUAUUGAUAUAGUUGGUAUAGGACAGUAGGCACUCUGUAUUA